UGCAGCUGGGCAUUUAUGGAAAACAGGCCUGGGGCGGGUGCGGGGCUGUGGGUCUGUUUCCUUCCCACUGGGCCGAGGCACAGAACGAGCAUCCCAGCGGCAGUGACCGUGGCACUCAGCUCCCGUGUGACCGCGUCACAUCUGAUCUUGCGGCAGCUCUGCUGGAGGACUCCGUUUUGCGGGAAAGCCUCCACCCGCAUCCAAGUUACCGAGAAGGAGGUCCAGCAGUGGUACAAAGGCUUCAUCAAGGACUGCCCCAGCGGGCAGCUGGACGCGGCGGGCUUCCAGAAGAUCUACAAGCAGUUCUUCCCGUUUGGAGACCCCACUAAGUUCGCCACGUUUGUUUUCAAUGUCUUUGAUGAAAACAAGGACGGGCGGAUUGAGUUCUCCGAGUUCAUCCAGGCGCUGUCGGUGACCUCGAGGGGAACCCUGGACGAGAAGCUGCGGUGGGCCUUCAAGCUCUACGACUUGGAUAACGACGGCUACAUCACCAGGAACGAGAUGCUGGACAUUGUGGAUGCCAUUUACCAGAUGGUGGGGAACACCGUGGAGCUGCCAGAGGAAGAGAACACCCCCGAGAAGAGGGUGGACCGGAUCUUUGCCAUGAUGGACAAGAACGCCGACGGGAAGCUGACGCUGCAGGAGUUCCAGGAAGGCUCCAAGGCAGACCCGUCCAUCGUGCAGGCGUUGUCCCUCUAUGACGGGCUGGUAUAGUCCAAGGCCCAGAGUGGGAUGCCUGGGAACCACUCGCCUCCUCCCGUGCCAUGAGGCCGCCUCCGCCCCGACGCCACCCUCCCGUGCCCAUCCCGCCUUUCUCCGCAUCCACACCUGGCCGGGCUGCCCAGGGACGGCGAGGCCCGGCUCUCCUCUGCCCUGCCCCGCACACACCCGCCGCCUGAAGCCACCGGCUCCAAUUGCCAACAUCCUUUGCUUGUCCAGAAAAUACCACCACGGAUGGGAAAAGGCUUCCAGCCCUCUGCAAAACCAAGGACUUGGCUGCUUCGCAGGCAGCCUCUCGGUCCCUCCUGCUCUCCUGCGUGUGUGCUUUUUUUUUUUUUUUUUUUUUAAUUUCAAAUAGACAAUUGAAAAAGGAAAAACAAACAAACAAACAAACUACCUUCUGUCCUAGAAGAUUCAGACUGACAGAUGGGGAGAAGGCCUCGGGGAGAACUCUGCCUCCCGCCUCGACCUUUGCAGCCGGAGAACCCACUGCGGUCAUGGCCUCGGCCACGGUCCCUCGGGGCUGUGGCGCGGGGCGGGGGGGGGGGGGGGGCGCCUGCCUGCCUAACGGGGUUUGUCGUCUCGAGCAGCCAAACCACCUGCGUGGCUAGGAUGAUGAAUUACGAUGAUGCUGAUUUUUUGUGAUAACAGUAUUGUGCUAUUUGUGGGAAAAGUGAGGGUUUUUUUUUUUAUAUAUAUAUAUACCUAUCUAAUUGAUCUCUUUUAUUUAUUGGUUGUUAACUGCUGCUGCUGCCUCGUGUGUCCAGCGCUCCGGGGAUGCGGAGCCCACCGUUUACACGUGCACGCCCUCGCCCACCUGCCCCCAUGUGCUUGGGAGGAUGGUGGCUGGCAGCGGCCAAAAAGCCAAAAACCUUUUUGUUUUCUUCUUUUCAGAUACUGUGCUUCAUGUUUGGAGAGGGGCAAGGUGGGCUUCUGAAAUGGCUAAUGCACUGUUCCCCCAGCCCGAAUGUCUCCUCUUUAGAACUCUUUCUCUGCCCCCAGUUCCCACAUCUCUCUGUCCCGUGUCGUCCUCUGGGUCCAACAGGGACCAUCUCUCAGUUUCUCGGCUCUCGCUUUGGUGUUGGCAGUGACGUGGGGGAUGGCGGGGCUUGUGCUGAGCCUGGGAGCCAGGACAGGGGCCUGGGUACCUAAGGAGCGAGGGAAGAGGGGGUGACAGGUGUAAAGGCUGCCUCUCCGUCCUUGGCGGGUUUUGAGAAUAGGGGCUCCCGCCUUCCUGCUCCCUCAUCCAGUGUGGACAGUAUUCCUCUGCCCUUCCUUCUUUUAGCUCAAAAGCUGGGAAGGAGCAGAGAGAGAAGGGACUUGAGGAAUCCUGUUCACGUAGCUUCUCGGGCCAUGGCCCAUGUGUGUUCACAGGAAGCUUCUAGCCCUGCCUGCCACUGAGACGGGGCGGCCUCAGAACCGUCGGCAGGAAAGCCAGAUGACUUUGGACCAGGAACUAGGUGCCCAAGGCUGGCCCUUUGCUCUGUGCCUGUGGGCACGCCCCUGCCCUCUCUGGGCCCCAGCUGCCCCAGCCGCAGAGCCAAGAAGCCUGGACUGGAGGAUUGAAAGUCUCUCCUCUGGCUGAUGCUAAUUCUAAGCUUGGGUUUCCUGCAGUUGGUGAUUCUGCGGUCUGUGGCUGAGUUUCCUGAGCCCAGCAGAUGUGGGCACCGUCUGAGUCGCUGUUUUGUCCCUUGGCAUGAAUCCCCAGGGACACGGCAGCCACUGGUCGCGGUGUGUGGGUUCAGAUGACACAUCUGGUCCCUCCCCGCGGUGCUUCCUGGUUCCUCCUGCCCUCGGGAGCUAUUUUGCAGCCCCAAGCUCGACCUCACCCAGGGAAGGCUUCCAGCGGGAGAAGCAGUCUCCCAGAAUGUGCAGGGCCGGGCCGGAGUCUAGAAUCCCUGCUUCUCCUUUGCAAAGUCAGCAUCCAUCUUUCUCUGCUCACCGCGGCCCCAGGAGAGGAGAAGCUGGCCCUCGCUCCCACUUGGAAUUUUCUUUGGCGUCCACUUUGCUCUUCCCCAGGAGGCCAGAGCUUCUCUAGCUCGUGAGUCCUCAGCCAGCAGACCCUCUGCCUGAGAGCAGCUCUGCCAGUGGGGGGCUCGUGUGUCCGCUCCUGUAGGCUGGACUGCGAGGCCAGCCCUUACCUCUUCCUUCUUGCGUUCCUUCGCGGGCCCUCUGGCUGCCCUCUGCCUCCACUGGAAGCCCCCCUCCCCCACCCCCACCCCCUACCCCUAAUCCUGCAGGGACAGAUGCAGUAGUUCCAUUUUCACAGGCGACUUUGAAGCCUGGGUUCUUUGAGGCCCCUGCAGUCACCGACCUGCUCCGGCCUAGGACUCACCACCAAAUCCCGCAGUUCCUCAGCCUGGCUCUGACCUGGGGCCCUAGGGCAGGAGGUGAGCUUCGUGGCUUGGGGCCAGAGGGGAGAGGGGAGCGGGGCCUUCCUCCAGGUCAGCUGACUUCUCUGGCCUCCGCCUGAGCCUCGAUUUGCCUCUCUGGCCCGGUGGGCAGGGGCUGUCGUGCAGCCUGCCCUGGAGGCAUCGCGGUGAAGGGCUUGCGGCCGAGAAUGAGCCAGGGUUAAGCAUGUGGGGCCCGCCAGCUGAGGCGUCCGUCCCCAGGCAUCCAGGGAGAUCUGCGUGCAAGGCUUCCCUCCCAUCUCCUCGCCUUUUGGCCUUUUGGUUUGGAGCCACGGGUGUGGCUUUUGGCCUUAGCUGGCAGUACCAUGGAUGCACGCCCCAGGCACACCGAGUCCACCCCCGGAGACGGUCUAGAGCUGCCAGUCGGAGGCCGCUCUUCUUCCUGGCAGGGUGCUGGACACUGGCCAUUUUUGCCCAAGGUUGCAGGCAGGGGGCAGUUCUGUCCCCUCCUCUGACCGGGUCUCUAGCUGCAGCACCCUGGGAGCCCUGAGCAGCCCGUGGGCCUCGCUCCUCAGCCCCAUGUUGCACCUGAGGCCUACCCCCAUCAGCUGCUGCUCUCUGGGGCUGCCUGACCAGCCGGGAGCCAGGCUCUCCGUCCCUCUGCUGACCCUUGCUCUCCAGCCCAGGAGUAGGGACCAGCCUUGGGCAGCCCAUCUGCAGUGGCCCUGGCCUCUUCCUCACCGUGUCCGCUGCCCACUCUGUGUUGAUGGUACUUAGAGAAUGCCGCGAGUUUGUAGUAUUUCACCAGGCAAUGUUUCGAGUCACGUCGAAAGGCAAACCUGUGUGUCCUCUUCCCCUGAAACGCUUUUCAUUUGGACAGCCAACUGCCUAGAUGACAGAUGCACCUGGGCUUUCGGGGACAUUGUGUCUUCUCUAGGGGGUUGGGGGAUGGGAAGAGGCAGAAAAAGCCCCACUGCUCACCUAGAGGAAAGCCACCUGAUUCCCAGCGGUUUUAGUGUCUAAGGGAUGGAAGGGAAGGCGGGCACGCCCCCUGGUGGCGAUGAGCCGUGACGGCAUGUGGGGGCCCUGACCUGCCACAUAGGUGAUUUGAGAGGGGAGGCUGCGGAUGGGGAGAUGAAGAGGGGGCUGUGAUCUCACCCAGACCCUGGGCUUCCUGCCCCACCUUUUGGCAGCAUGUCUCCCAGACGCCUCUCUUCCUGAUCAACCCCGGGGGAUGGCAAGUGAAUUAGCAUCAAAGGCGCUGUGAUGAGAAGCCUUGCCCCACCCUUUUUUAAUAUCUGCGGAAUAAACGCAAUGGUUGAUUUUUGAACGAAUAAAAGGCUUUUGUUGAAUAAA